AUGCCACGGUAUCAGGAAGAACUUCAAUACUUAGAUUAUUAUCUUGGUAUACAACCGGAAAAUCAGGGUAAUUUACCUAUUGAAGAAACUAUGAUAAAACAAUAUCUAAGCAAUUCAUCAAAAUUAAAUUGUCAAUUCAAUGAACGAUGCGCCUGGAUGAAUGCUCCUGAUGAUGAUUUAUUAGAUACAUCAGAUUUCUAUUUAUUUGUUAAAACAAACACUAAAUUAUUUCCACCACACAUUCAGCCAGGACCACCUGAUCCAUUGAAAGGUACAAAAUUUAUUCUCGCAGGUAAUACAACAACAAAAUCUCAAAGUGCUAUACUUAUUAGCGCACCAAUUGCAUGCCAACGAGCAUCCGGAUCACUGGAUUUCAGAUACUGGCUAUACAAUGAAGCAAAAAUUGAAGUAUUAAUUUUAAAACCUUCUACCAGAAGGAAUCGUCAUCAGGUUAUUUUACGGCCGCAUACCGAAUGCUACUUCAUUCGUACUUUUAAUGAUCGUUGCAAAAUUGAAAUACCAGAAAUUAGUGAACCAUUUCGAAUUGGUAUUCGUGUCCAUGGUUUAAGAGAUUCAGCAUUAGGUAGUCUUGGGAUGAUAACUGAUAUUAAAUAUAAAGCUGAAAUAUGCUUGGAACCUAAAUUAUCAAAAAUUUUUGGUGCUCGAGCAGUUCCACCGUCAUUAAUUAAUUCAUAUCCAAUUUCUGCUGCUGAUCUUUCCUGUGUUGAUUACAACUCAAGCUGUCGUUGGUCCAAUACACUUUCAUCAUUAGCCGAAUGGAAAAUUGGACGGAAUCGCCGACGAUGGAAGGAAAUUUUUGAAACAGAAAGUAAACCAAGUGGCAGCUUUUUCUAUCAAUAUGUUGAUUCAGUUAUUCAAGAACCUUAUUCAUUGCUACGAUCAGAACUUAUUCCAUGCACCAGCACUGUUACAACUUUUUCAUUUAGAUAUUGGUUGCAAACAGGUACACAAGUUCAAGUUUGUACAGUUACAGCAUCAAAUGUUAUAAUUAGUUGUGUGUAUCUAAAUGAACUAGCAAUGCCUGGACCAGUUAGUAUUGAUGUUGAUGCACCAACUGAAGAACCUUUCCGAUUCAUAUUUGAAUUGAUCAAUUUUGAUAAUUCAACAUUUGGCCUUGUUGUAAUUGAUGAUAUGCAAUUUACUGGUUUAUUAUGUCAUGAAGUAACUGUACCAACCACUACAACAAUCGAUCCAUUACAAAUCAAACGACUUUUCUCACUUCAUCCAUAUCCAAAUUUGCUAAUUGAUAAUAUACCAACAUUGAAUUGUGAUUUUAAUCAAAAUACAUGUCCACAAUGGGAAAAUGAUGGACAUUGGUUACUUGGGACAAUUCCAUGUGACGAAUCUUUCACAUUACCAUCAUCAUCAUCAAUAAAAGAUCAAGUUUCGGUUGCUGUUCUAAAUAAUACCAUGGCUAUAUUACAGUCCCGAAAAGUUCCAUGCGCAUCUAAUGCUAAGAUUUUUAUUGCAUACUUUCGAACUGAAGAAGCUAACUUAAUGGUAUGCAUCGCGAAACAUUGUGUUAGCACUAAUGAUAGACGUUCCGGCAACUGGUGUCCACUUCCAACAUUAUCACAAUACGCAUGCGAAAAACUUAGUUGUACAUUCCGUCAAACUUUUUGCAACUACAAAACAGAAAUAAAUUCACGUGCUAAUGUUUUAUUCAAAAGUGAUGGAAGAGGAGUGAUAGCAGAUAUUGACAAAGGACCAGGUUUAGCCGUAUUGCGAUCACCACAGUUCAAGCUUUCACGCCCGGCUGAAUUGCAAAUUAAGAUAUAUCAAUCAACAUUUGGUUCUCAGACAUUCUUGUGCGGCGAUAAUUUCAACACUCUGUUUGAUUGUCAACCAAUAUUAGGCCCAAAAAUAGAACUGCCAAUAACAGAAAAAGUAAUCGUGCCACUUGAUCACGAUGCACAAAAUUUUACAAUUCUUGCGGUGCAUGAUAAAUUCAUCGAAUUUGGUGCAGCAAAAUUUAUCAUUUCAAACAUUGAAAUAUUAGAUGAAAAUGGAGAAUUAUUAUGUUAA